AUGAAGCAUUGUUUGAAACUGCAGGGAAGUGAAAGCCAGUGACAAGCUGACAUUAUCUGAUGACCCAAAUGAGAGGUUGAGCUGCUCUCUUCCACGUUUCCCACCCAAAAUUCAGCAGAAGCGAAGCUAUGAAGAUCUAUUUCUACAUGCUGUUUCUGAUUCUGGGUUUGCUUCAGACGGAUCGGGUUUACUCUCAGGAUCCCCAAUGGCCGCUUCAUACAAUCUGCAACUCCAACAAACUCACGGUGACCUACAGGAGCUGCGACCCGUUACAGGACGUCGGUGUGUCAUUCCUGCCCUGUCCGAACAAACUCACAGAUCCCACAACAGUCAAAAUAGCCUUUAUUCUGAGGCAGUCUGUCGCAGAGUUUUACUCCUCUUUUAAGCUGUUUCUGAAUGGAUUGCACGUCUGGGGUGUGGAUGAGCCUCUCUGUCUUCCUCAGUUCCCACGCUUUACAUUUUGUGGAAGCAGGAGAGGAGAAAUGAUCACCAUGGAGAGGUUAAUCAAAUCAAAAGUAGACCUUCCUCUAAAGGGUCAUUUUAAUCUAAUGGUACAUGGAAUAAAUCAAGAUGGUUUCCAGAUCAUCUGUGUGAAUGCGACGCUUAGCUUUUGGUGAUCUUUUAGACAGAGCACUAAUUUAUUCUCUCAUUGUGAUCUUCUAAGUUCUUCAAAUUGGGUUGUUCCUCGUUUGAACACUAUUGUUGUUUGUUUCAUUUAGGAAAGUAAGGGAAUUUCAGCAUGCAUUCGGGAUUUUUGCUGCUUUCAGGUGACUUUAGAGUUUUGUUGUUUUGGCUUCAUCCCAGAUUUUAAUUAUUUAAACAUUUAGACCAUUUCAAUGUGGUCUUGUCAUUGGCCCAUGAAAAUGUCCUGCUUGUUAUCAAACUAUUUCAUAACUAUAAAAAGAGGCAAUUCCAUAAAAACUUUACGUUUAAACACCUGCUAUAGGAUUAUCUAUCAACAUUUAUCAAUAUGUGUUUAGAAUUCUCAGAAGCUAUCGACAAUUUUGAGGGAUGUAAAUAAAAUAACGGUCGCAACAUAUUUCCUGUUUCACAUUUUCUGCAGCUUCAGAGAAUCUAAAAAUGUCCAGAUAUUGAUAAAUAGUGUUAUGAUAGCUGUUUUAACAUUAAGGUAUGACUGAUUUGCCUCUUGUUAAAGUUAUGGAACAGUUUGAUAACAAGCUGGAAAUGCCACAUUUCACCACAAUGAAAUGGUCUUUGGAAAUUAAAAAUGUAAAACAGAAAAUACGUUAGGACCAUUGUUCUUGUUUACAUCCCUCAAAAUGGUCAAUAGUGUAAAAAAAUAUGGCAUUUUAAUAUUUAUUUGAUGAAAAUUCUUCUUUUUUUAUUUAAUUUAGAAGUUUUUUUUUUGCUUUUUCAGUGCAGAUCAUUAUUGAAACGUGCAGGAUUUAUUUAAA